GUGUGGCCUGGUGCUUUGCUCAGACGUGUUUGCUAUGAGCUGCGGAUGCGACCUUGUUGAACAAAUACCUACGACCCCACCAACACGUCAUGGAUGGCAAGAUACGCAUAGGAACUGAAGAGCUGGAUUCCGAAGAACUCAACCGACGCAUUCCUGGACUGAGCCUGAACGUUCCUUGCAGUGCGAAACGUCGCGGUGACGAGAGCGAGUGCAGCGUUUCGACGCCCAUCUGUCACAUCUUCGAUUACCUAUCCCGUUGGAAUUACGUCCUAUGGCACGUCGGCUUGCAGUUGCGAGAACUCCGACGUCCCGGAAAGCUGUGCCUGGUACGGGUCGUCUACAGGUGCAGUGGCGGAUUCAAGCAGCGAGUGCGAAGCCGCGACGCUCGGAUUCUCUUCCACGUCCUCCUCGUGCAGCACAGCUGCGUCGAGAGCCUACACCUGGACGACGUCCUCAUCGAGGGCAGUGGACUCGGCGAGUACCGGGAGUGCGUCGUCUCGGCGCUUGAGAAAAACACAAGCCUACGGACGUUGACACUCGGCAGUCUGUUCGGUGACUACAGGAGCAUUCGAGAAGACCUUUUCAAAGCUAUCUCCACGAUGGCCAACCUGCGAGAGCUGGUAGUCCUCGGCUGCGGUGCGGCGCCACUGGCCUUACUAGACGCCAUAUGUCAGCUCCUCGUGGACACCAUGUGCCUGGUCACUCUCUCGAUGCCCGGAAUUGUCUUGGACGAGGAAGGCGGGACGUGCCUUAUAUACGAUCUCGUGCACAACACUACCGUCGAGAAUCUGUGCGUACACGUCAGCAUCCUGCAUUCGUACAUGCCGAAUGGACUAUCCAAGUUCUGCCGCUUUCUGGCCACUAGUGUGCUGCUGACCUCGCUGAGCAUGCAAGGCAUGCGUUCGGAUUCCGACAGCACAUGCGCGGAUCUCAAGCGCAUCGUCGAAGCGCUCGCCCUUCGCGGUGAGCUCGAGCAGCUUCGACUCACGGGCUUCCUGCUAAACGCCGAGUGCGCGGCUCUGUUCGCCCACCUAGUGUCUCGAAAUGGAGGGCGCCUUCGAAGCCUCGACAUCAGCGGCUGCCGGUGGUGCAUACCGAAGUCGUUGCCAGAACACCGACGAGCCUGUAAAGCUACUCGCGACGAACAACCGGACGACCCAGGCCUCACGAAGUCAACGUGUCCCUGGAUUCAGGCGUUCGACCGUACUGCGCGAGUGGAGCUGUCGUUUUUAGCCCUCAGCUUCGCGGGACUCGAACCGGAUGACUUACAGGCACUGUUAAACGUAGCCGUCACCGUGGAAUCUCUCCAGAUAAUCUCGCUGAGACACGUGUCGCGUUGCAAUCUGAUGCAAGUUUGCCGAACCAUCCGGCAGACCGGAAUGAGCAGACGAGUGCGCCUAGAAGAUAUCUUCCUCGUCGACCGUUCCGCGCUAGCUGAGCUUUGGGAGUUUCCGGAAGCAUUGCGUAAGAUGGCGAUCAGCUCUGUCGACUGUGAGAGUCCGAAGGCGUUCGCGGACACGGUACACAUGGCCUGCACCUGGUACAAGGUGUCUACGCUGAAGCUCCUGUUGACACAGGAAGUCCUCUCUGACAUCCCCACGUUUAACAAGCUGAGCAAGUGCCUGAGAAGUGCUUUCUCGCUAAGCGAACUCGCACUCAUCGGUUCCAACCGGCCUGAUCUCGACCUCACACUCAAAUCGGCAGACCCACCUCACAGCGUGCUUCUCGAUGUGAUUUCCAGGAACACGAGUCUUCGAUCGCUGCGACUGAGCGGGAUUCGUCUAGGUAAUGACAACUUGUGGUUCGUGGUUGAAGAAAUCUUCGCCAGCGAGACCCUAUCCGAGAUAUAUUUCGCGUCCUGGGACCCGACCGAGAACGACGACUUCCUCCAUAUAUUUGGCGACCUGUUCUGCGGGAACAAGUCCGUCACCAAGUUGCGCGUUCGGGUAUCUACGAACGGUGUAGACGACGAGCGGUGGUUCUUUGUCGAAGAUCUCAUCAGCCGUAACAUGGGAUACCUAACGUGUGCUGUGCACUUUCUCUUGGGCGACCAGUCGUCUCGCAGCGAAGCAGCGUUCAAGGCUCUCUGCAACACCCCGGCUUUGAGCAUCAAAUUUGCGGAGCUAACGAACGGAGGUCUCCCGAGGAGAACUACUCGGAACAUUUCGGGAUAGAUUCGAACGUUUGUUAGAAAUUUUCGAGAUCGAGUCACAUUUCUAAGCAUGCUUUUAGUAAGACGGAGAGGACAGUCGACGUUCUCUGACAAUGUACAUGUACACGAGAUGAGAAAUUCUUGGACAUGAGGCGUCGCUGGGGCCAACGUU